GUGGCUAUUUUCAACCUAUUAAAUAAAUCCAAAAGUUUUUCUUGUCUGGACUAUUUUCGUUCGAAGAUUAAUAAAAUAGAAGGGAGAUGAAGGUGGAGUUGUGUGUUACAUUUCAUAAAGAGAGAGACAUAUAAUUGGUAUGAUCGAUUCAUUCUAAUAGUUGACCAGUGUUUUGCGCGUAUCGAUCCAAUAUUAACUAGAUUAUAGUUCGUCUACAUGAUUGACGAUGGUCAGAGAAAUUCAUGAUCUUUCUGUAUUCAGAAUAAAUAAAAAUAAAUAAACUUCGAUUUGCUCCCCUUCUACUCGUCAUAAACUAAAACUAGCCUUCUAUCAAUUUUUAUGUAGAUCAAGUUGUAUGUAUGUUUUACGGGCUUUUAAAGUCCAGGAUAGAAGUGAAAAUCUUUAUUAUGGUCGUUAUGGUAUUUCAUUGAGUGGGUGUUCCAACUGGAAUAUUUAGAUACAAGCAAAUUAAUCAAAGAAUAUAUAUAUUUGAAGAACAAGAGAAAUAAAAAACUAUUCAUUUAUAAACUGUACAUUCAGCACAAACAUUAUUUAACGAACUGUACAAAUUCAUAAUAUCAGAAAAGUAUUUCACUACAUAUUCGACAAGCUACAUUGUUUCCAUAGAAGUCAUACUAAAGAAUAAUCCAUAAAAAUUACAGAUUCAAUGAAGAGUCAAAAGUCUAAUUCAAUAAACGAAUAUUCUUCUUUUACAAAUUUAUUAUUUCAACCACAUCAUUUAUCAGCUUUUUCAAUUCCAUCACCAAUAAAUAAAACAAAAAAUGUUAUUAAACAAUCUACUAAUCAUGAAAAUCUUCCAAUAAUUAAUAAACAUUCAAAUCUAUCACGACAAAAUUAUAGUACAUCAAUAAAACAAUCUUCUAGUAGUAAUCCAAUACAAUUAAAUUUACAACCAUCUAUUAAAGAAAACGACACAUCUAUUAAUCGAUCAUUUUAUGCUCAAUUAUAUAAUUUAAUGUGCUCAAAAUUACCAAAUAUAAUACCUUAUAGUAUUAAUAAUGAUAAUAAUAGUAAUAAUAGUCUAUCGAAUAAACCACGAUAUUCUCCUUAUCCAAUUCCAUCAGAUUUUGAAAGAAACAAAUUAGUAAAUGUAUUCAACAAACCAUACUCUUCAACACAUUCCAAUAAAAUCAAUAUGAAUCAGAUUGAACAUGUAACCAACUUUGUACAAUGUUCCAAUAAUCCCAGUCAAUCUAAAAUACCGAUUUCAAAAGUUCAUGAACAUAGUAGUAGAAAGAAAACUUUAUCAUUGAAUAGAAAUAAAUCAACCAAUAAUAAUAGUAAUCAGUAUCAAAACUCAUCAACAAAUGUAUAUUCAUUAAACCGAUGUAACAGUUGUCCAUCAGUAAUCAUUUCCAACUCAUCAUCAUCAUCAUCAUCAUUAUGUUACUUAAAUAAUCCCUGUAAAAAUUUAAAGUUUCGUAGUAUAAGUUAUGAUUCAUUUGUAUUAGAAAAACAAAAUAACAUUAAAAGAUUGAAUGAGUUAAAUAAUUUUCAAUAUAAUUCAUUGCAUAAUCAAUAUUACCAUCAAUAUCCAUCAGAAAUGUCUUCAUCUUGUUCAAUACCUACUUCAUUACUAUUUGAUUCAUUGAAACAAAAUUUUAUUCAGAAUCAAUCUAUUAAACAUAGUCAAUCCAAUGUAAAUAAUGACAGUAAUUCAAUAAGUGGUAUAAAUUACACUGAAACACCGGUAUCAUUUCUUAAGCAAUGUACUAAUGAGAUGAAUGAAAUGAAUAAUAUUCCUGAUGAAAAUAAUAAUAAUAAUAAUAAUAAUAAUAAAUCAAUACAAACACCAAUACGUGAAACAUUUCUACAUUAUUACUGGGCAUAUUAUUAUGAAGAAUUAAUGCGUUAUUAUAUUCAACACCAAAUAUCAACAAUGAACAAUUGUUCUACUAAUUAUAGAAAUCCAAUGAAUACUACUAUAAUGACUACAACGGAUAAUUUACAAUCAUGUACACAUUCUCAACCGAAAUCAACCAUAAUGAAUGUCAAUAAGAAUAAUAGCAAUUAUAAUAGUAAUAAUAACCUUAUUACUAACUCAUUGAGAUCACCUGUUACAACAUAUAAUACAGUGAAUUACAUUGAUCAUUCUAAAAACUAUGAUAAAUUGAAAAAUGUUAAUCCUAUGAAGAAUACUACUAAUACUACUACUACUACUAGUAGUAGUAGUAGUAGUAGUAGUGGUAGUAAUUAUUAUAAUAAUCAUCAAACUAGUGAAACAAUGAAUAGUUUUCAUGUACCAGAAAAAGUACAAUUUGAGAAUUUAAUAAAUUUACAAAAUAAUUGUGUUUCAUCAUAUAGACAAAAUGAUCUAAUAUGUAAUAAAAACUAUAUGCCGAAUUCUCUCUUGACAUCUGAUACAUUGAUUCAACAGAAAAAUAAACAUCACAGUCAUAAACCUUUUGACAGUAGUAUUGAAAACAGAAAUAUUGUACAAACGAUGAAUCAUCAAGACUUAUUGAUGAGAACACCUCCUUUUCCUGUUACUGCUAGUUUAAGUACUACUGAUAUUAACCAUAUUAGUAAUGAGCAACAUAUAGUACCAUCGGAUAAACAAUAUUUUAUAAAUCAGUCGGAUAAUAAUAUUAGUAAUAUACAUAAUCUUCCGGGAAUGAAUAAACCCACUCGGUUAAACCGCGACUUACAUUCUUUGCGUUUGUCACCUGUUGUCAGAGUGUGUAGUGAUAAUAUUGAUGGUAAAACAAAUAGUGACAAAAUUUUAGAACUACGUCAGUAUUCACCUACAAAAAGACUAUCAUCUUUAUCGUCACCAUCAGCAGCGUCAUCAUCGUCAUCACCAAACAUCAGUGUGCCGUUCUCAAAUAUGAUGCCCUCUUUAACAGCAUUAUCAUCACGAUCAUCAGUACUAUCUCCGCAGACAAAAUUCUGUCGAUCAGUAUCUAUACCGCUAGAUAAUCCCAGCGGUUCAAUGACAUUAAAACGUGAUAAUAAACGCAAUGAUACAUGUGAAUAUUGCGGUAAAAUAUUUAAAAACUGUAGUAACUUGACUGUACACAGGCGUAGUCAUACAGGUGAAAAACCAUAUCAAUGUAAAUUAUGCAAUUAUGCUUGUGCACAAUCAUCCAAAUUGACAAGACAUAUGAAAACGCACGGAAAAGAUGGUAAACCGAGAUAUUUGUGUAAAUAUUGUCAUACACCAUUUAUAGUACCCUCGACAUUGGAAAAACAUAUGCGUAAAUGUAUGCAUGGAAAACACGCAUUAGGAUCACAUACUAUUACACGUCAUAAACAAAUAUUAAAACAAAAUUCUCCUGGAAAAUUUAUACAAUCUUGGCUAGUAGCGGCAGCAGCAGCAGCGGCUACAUCUGGAUCUUCAUCUGGAGUGUCAAAAGGAAUUGUAGAAAAUGAAGGACAUCAAAAUGAUCCCAUAAAUUAUAAAUUAAACAAUUAUAAAAAAUUUAAAUCACGUGCUUCUCCAAUUAAUACAAUGGUAAUGACCAAAACAACAACAGAUCCUUUAAUGACAACAAAUAAAGAUAUGACAGUCACAUGUACAACAAGAACUACUGAUCGUAUUCGGAAAAGAUUAAAAUAUACCAGUUUACAUCAUUUAAAUAGAUUAUCGAAUAAAACAAUCAAUUCUUCAAUUCAUUAUUUACUUCCCUUGUUACAAAACAAUAAUAAUAAUAAAUAUUAUUCAACUAGCAAAGAUGUUCCAUUCGAUAUUGAUUCACGACUUAAACAUAUUUCUAAUGAUUAUAAUACUAUGAUGUGUGAAAAGAGUCAGCUGAAACCUUCAUUCACUUCUGGACCCUAUAAAAACUUAACUAAAGAUAUUGAGAGUAGUAAUAUUAGUGACAAAGAUAACUUAUUCCCAACAUCAGUUUUAUCCUAUACUGAUCAUAUAGCAUCAGUUAAACAAUCAACAAUCAAUACUAAUCAUUUAUUUGUCCCACCAUCUUGUAUACCGAAUUCUUUAAUGAACUUAUCAAUUUCACCUAUCAUAACAAACAAUACGAUUUCAUUUUCAAAUACAAUGAAAGUGAAUGCUUCCUUGUCAAAUAAUCAUCAUCUUACUGAAAAUACUACUGCUAUGUCUACCAGUAGUAGUAACAAUAAUAAUAAUAAUAAUAAUAAUAAUAAUAAUAAUGGAAGAAAUUUAUCAUUUUUAAUGUCGAAAAUUCUAGAUAAUUCCCGAAAUACAGAAAUAUUACCGAUUAAUCCAAAUUCAUCAGUUCCAUCUUCAACAUUAUACAUCUGAAAUGUAUUAAAAAGAAAGAGAACAACAACGACAACAACAAAAAAUGCACAUUUAACAAAAAAAAUAAUAUUUUUUAUGUAUUAUCUUAGAUUAUUAUACUUUCAUUAUAAGUAUCAUUAUUAUUUAUUGUUUAAACAAUA